AUGUCAAAAUGCACAAGCACAUUUAACAUUACUGACCUUGUAAUGGUCACUAAUGGGGCUGUGUGUGCAGGAGAAGAGAAUUGGGUGGACAAUCGGACUAUUUACGUUGGCCAUCGUGAGCCUCCCCCAGGCACUGAGGCAUACAUUCCUCAGAGGUAUCCAGAUAACAGAAUAGUUUCCUCAAAGUACACUUUUUGGAACUUUGUGCCGAAGAAUUUAUUUGAGCAGUUUCGAAGGAUAGCAAACUUUUAUUUCCUCAUCAUUUUUCUUGUACAGUUAAUCAUUGACACACCAACUAGUCCAGUGACAAGUGGGCUUCCACUUUUCUUUGUCAUCACUGUAACAUCUAUAAAACAGGGCUAUGAAGAUUGGCUUCGUCAUAAAGCUGACAAGGCAAUGAACCAGUGUCCUGUUCACUUCAUUCGACAUGGCAAACUGGUUAGGAAGCAGAGUCGCAAAUUAAGAGUUGGAGAUAUUGUGAUGGUAAAAGAAGAUGAAACAUUCCCCUGUGACUUAAUACUGUUGUCAAGUAGUCGGGCAGACGGAACAUGUUUUGUUACAACAGCAAGUUUGGACGGCGAGUCUAGCCACAAGACAUAUUAUGCUGUCCAAGACACGAAGGCCUUUCAAAGUGAACAGGAUAUUGACACCUUACAUGCAACCAUUGAAUGUGAACAACCUCAGCCUGAUCUUUAUAAAUUUGUUGGCCGGAUAAAUGUUUACCAUGACAGAAAUGAGCCUGUUGCAAGGCCAUUGGGAUCUGAAAAUGUGCUUCUUAGAGGAGCUACAUUGAAGAACACAGAGAAAAUCUUUGGUGUUGCUAUAUACACUGGCAUGGAAACAAAAAUGGCAUUGAAUUAUCAGUCAAAAUCUCAGAAACGAUCUGCUGUAGAAAAAUCAAUGAAUGUAUUUCUUAUUGUUUACCUCUGUAUACUGAUAAGUAAAUCACUAAUAAAUACUGUCCUGAAGUAUGUUUGGCAAAGUGAGCAAUCCCGUGAUCAGCCUUGGUAUAAUCAGAAAACAGAACUGGAAAGGAAAAGAAAUGUGUUUAUUACAGCAUUUACCGAUUUUCUUGCCUUCAUGGUUCUUUUCAACUACAUCAUUCCUGUAUCCAUGUAUGUCACAGUAGAAAUGCAGAAGUUUCUUGGUUCUUAUUUUCUCACUUGGGAUGAAGAAAUGUUUGAUGAAGAAACAGGUGAAGGACCACUAGUGAACACCUCUGAUCUCAAUGAGGAGUUAGGCCAGGUUGAAUAUGUCUUCACAGAUAAAACAGGGACAUUAACCGAGAACAAUAUGGAAUUCAUAGAAUGCUGCAUUGAGGGGCAUGUUUAUGUGCCUCAUGUCAUCUGUAAUGGGCAAAUCCUCCAUGAUUGUGCUGGUAUCGAUAUGAUUGAUUCAUCCCCAGGAGGAAGUGGCAAAGACAGAGAAGAACUCUUUUUCCGGGCUCUGUGCCUUUGUCACACUGUCCAGGUGAAGGAAGAUGACAAUGUUGAUGGGUUAAAGAAGGCCCACCUGUCAGGGAGGUCCUCUGUGUAUAUUUCAUCAUCCCCUGAUGAAGUUGCUUUAGUUGAAGGGAUUCAGAGACUUGGUUACACAUAUUUAAGGCUGAAAGACAAUUUUAUGGAAAUUUUAAAUCGAGAAAAUGAUAUUGAAAGGUUUGAACUAUUGGAGAUCCUCAGUUUUGAUUCAGUAAGGAGACGGAUGAGUGUGAUUGUUAAAUCUGUAAAAGGGGAAAUAUUUCUGUUUUGCAAAGGAGCAGAUUCUUCUAUAUUUCCUCGAGUUACAGAAGGCAAAAUAGAACAGAUUAGAGCAAGAGUUCAGCGCAAUGCAGUGGAGGGUCUGCGAACAUUAUGUGUUGCAUAUAAAAAGUUCACCUACGAAGAGUAUGAAAAUGUAGAGAAGCAGCUUCAGGAAGCAAAGCUGGCUCUGCAGGAUCGGGAAAAGAAGCUGGCAGAGGCAUAUGAACUUAUAGAAAGGGGGCUUAUUCUGCUUGGUGCUACAGCUGUUGAAGACCGUCUACAGGAAAAAGCUGCAGAUACCAUUGAAGCCUUGCAAAAAGCUGGCAUUAAGGUGUGGGUUCUGACGGGAGACAAAAUGGAAACUGCUGCCGCGGCUUGCUAUGCCUGUAAACUCUUCAGAAGAAAUACUCAAAUACUUGAGUUAACUACAAAGAAAAUAGAAGAGCAGAGUUUGCAUGAUGUGCUGUUUGAACUAAGCAAAACUGUCCUAAGGCACAAUGGCAGCUUAACAAGGGACAACUUCUCAGGGCUUUCAGCUGAAAUGCAAGAUUAUGGUUUAAUUAUUGAUGGAGCAGCAUUAUCAUUAAUAAUGAAACCCCGGGAAGAUGGGAGGUCUGGUAACUACAGAGAGCUCUUCCUUGAAAUUUGUAGGAACUGCAGUGCAGUUUUAUGCUGCCGCAUGGCUCCUUUACAAAAAGCACAGAUUGUAAAAUUAAUUAAAUGGUCAAAGGAGCACCCCAUCACAUUAGCAAUUGGUGAUGGAGCAAAUGAUGUCAGCAUGAUCCUAGAAGCACAUGUUGGCAUUGGUAUUAUUGGAAAAGAAGGUCGUCAAGCAGCAAGAAACAGUGACUAUGCAAUACCCAAAUUUAAACAUUUGAAAAAAAUGCUGCUUGUUCAUGGACAUUUUUAUUAUGUCCGGAUAUCUGAACUUGUGCAAUACUUCUUUUAUAAGAAUGUGUGCUUCAUUUUCCCUCAGUUUUUAUACCAGUUCUUCUGUGGGUUUUCACAGCAGCCUUUAUAUGAUACUGCGUAUCUUACUCUGUACAAUAUCAGCUUUACUUCCCUACCUAUUCUGUUGUAUAGUCUAAUGGAACAACAUGUCAGUGCAGAUACCCUCAAGAGAGACCCUUCACUGUACAGGGAUGUUGCCAAGAAUGCCCAUCUACGCUGGCGUCUAUUCAUAUACUGGACAUUCUUGGGAUUAUUUGAUGCUGUGGUCUUUUUCUUUGGUGCCUAUUUCUUGUUCGACAACUCAACUGUGACCAGCAAUGGACAGCUAAUGACAGCCAGCACUCACAUGAUGUUUGGAAACUGGACUUUUGGGACACUAGUGUUUACUGUUCUAGUAUUCACUGUUACCCUAAAGCUUGCACUAGAUACACACUACUGGACUUGGAUCAACCACUUUGUGAUCUGGGGGUCAUUACUUUUCUACAUUGUCUUUUCUCUUCUCUGGGGAGGAAUCAUCUGGCCUUUUCUCAAUUACCAGAGGAUGUACUAUGUGUUCCUACAAAUGCUAUCUAGUGGUCCUGCAUGGCUGGGUAUUAUUAUGCUCAUAAUUGUGAGCCUUCUUCCAGAUGUACUGAAGAAAGUCUUAUGCAGGCAACUGUGGCCUACAGCAACAGAAAGAACCCAGACUACAUCAAGCUGUGGUCGGGACCAUAUAUCAGAAUUUACACCUCUUGCCCCUUUGAAGAGACCAAGAUACAGGAGCAAUGACUGCAAGAAUUCCCCCCCAAGAAGGUCUAGUUCUCAUUCUAAAAAAACAAUGUUUACACAUUGGCGAAACUAUGAUUAUUCAAUGCUCCCAUCUAUCUUUGGCUAUUCCAAUAAGCGUUUUGAUUCUGGUGUGGGGUACUACCACAGGGGUUCAGGUUUGGAAACAUGUCUGUGACAGAUCACCAAUUCAAGCCUUUAAGAACUACAGUUCCUAACCCCUCAAACAAAAAUCUGCAAAUGAGUAUUUAACAAUCCUGACUGGAAUUUUCAAUAAGCUUUUACUAUCCGGUAAUAUCGUGAGAAACUGGAUCAAGAGCGCUGAGUAUAAACCUUUCCAGGAGUAUUGGCCUUUCUUCUUAUGUUUUAAACUGUUGAAACAAUGAAUUAUCUACACAGUCUGGCACUGUGAGAAUGGACGGCACUAUAUGAUUUCAUUCCAUUCUUUCAAAACCUUUGUAUGUUUAUUGCUUUUAUCAUUUCUCUUUAUUACUUGAACAGUCCUCCUUCAGUCAAUGAUCCACUUCUGAGAUCAGCAGUUAAAAAUUGUCAGUUAUGAACAAUGAUCUUAGAUCCCUUGUGAAAGUCACUGAAAGCUUAUUCACAGGUGCUGUUUCUGACUUGUCUUUGUCCUUUCUUUGCUCUUUCUGUAGAACAAACUGGUGUUUCCUCUGUGCAAAUCUUCUUUCAAGAAACACUCUCUAAUGUCCAUUUUAUUGUAAGUCGCCAAGUAGGAUUGUGAUUUUAGGAUUGUUUUACCACUGUAGACCAAUACAUUUUCACCUAGACUCUCUACAAACCUCAAGAAGUCAAGCUGGCUAGCAAGUGGGUGAAAUGGCCACUACAGGCUCUGAAUUGAAAAUCAUGACAGAAUUCAAGAAUUUGGCUUUAGGAAAUUAUCAACAAUAAGCCACUAUUCUGCCAUUUUGUUAUCUAUAAAAUAAGUUAGGUACUGAGGCAUUAGGAAGUGUUUUCUGCUACAUAUUUUUCCUGUCAAAACAAUGAAUUUUUUUGACUAGGAACACAGAAAUCUGCCGUAGAUCAAGUCAAAUCAUUGGCCCAAUCUCCCAGUAAUAUUCAAAAAGGAGUUUUUCCAGCUCUGCCUGAAGAGGCAUGGGACUGAGAAUCUGUGACCUUCUGCAUGAAAAACAUGUGUUCUGUCACUGAGCCAUGGCCCCAUUUAGUUUUUGUUUUAUUUGAAUUUUAAAGAUAAAGUGAAAUCUAGGAGUUACAUUAUACAUAUGCAGGACUGUGGCCCUUAUCACAUGAAGGAUUACUGUCGGCAAAAGGUUCCUGAAAUGGGAAGGUGGGAUAGCCAGUCACACUUCUGAAUCAUCAUUGAGGCGUCCCACUUCUCUCCUGUUGUCAAAGUGUUCAUGGAACAGCUAUUUCUUGAAUAACAGGCACUUCGGUUAUUCAAGAAAUGGCUGCUUUGCGAACACUUUGACAAUGGGAGAGAAGCAGGAUGCCUCAAUGACUAUUUAGAAGCGCAACCAGCUAUCCCACUUUCGCUCUUCAGGAACGUUUUGCUGGCAUUUUAGGAAUGGUAAGUGCCUUUGUGUGAAAGAUUCCUAUGAUUCCACUUUAACUCCACGGCUGGUCACGUCUGUGUGGGGUAAGCAAAAGGCUAAGUUUGUAGUUUGUGAGGCAUUACAGGUCUCUGGCUGAAAUUACCCUAUGCUAAACUGCAGAUCCCAGUAUUAUAUAAGAUGUUGCCAUGGCAGUGAAAGUGGAAACAUAGCACUAUCAUAGAUCAGUUUGAAAGGGCCUUACAUGGCCUAUUCUCUUAUAAAGAUACAGCUUUGUGACAGUUUGCAUUAAUCAAUAACCACUUGAGGGUAGUUUUCCCUCUUCCUUGAAUGGGGACUUGGCGGACCCACAAAAAUUGUAAUCGUUUUCAAAAAUGACAGCCAGCUUGUACUUCAGCUUCAUUUGUGGCUAUAGUUUUGCUUUGUACUGUUUUUGAUAAUAGCUGACACAUAACCUUUUUGUUUCUUUUAUCCCAGUGUUUUAUUUAGGGCAUCAAAAUUGCUGAAAAUUGCUUUAUAUAGGAACUAAAGUUUCUGUGUGGAGAAAACCAUGUGUAGUUUUAUUUUCACCUUCCCUGGGCAAAGAUGGGGCAAAGGGAAACAAAACAUUUCAAAAGGCAAAUUGUUGAAAACUUGAUUAUACCAAAGAUUAUGGAGAAUAAGAAUCUGAUAUUGUUCCCAUAAAUUCCCCAUCAUCACCCACCAAUAACACACAUCAUCACAGCAUUUCUUGUCAUUUAAGAUAAAGCACUUUCCAAUAUCAGUCUUGUUCACAUGCUGAAGGUAAUACCUAAAGGUAAUAUUUAUUUGACAUUACAUACUUGAAUGACGGGUAGAAAUGUCCCCUACAUAAAACACUGGCAACAAAUAUAUAUAAAUAUAUAUAUUUUUAAGAAAUCAACUUGAUGUGGGUAUUGAUUUUAUAUAUGUAGUAGUGAUAAAUCUCCUGUUUGAGUGUAGUUAACAAAAUUAUUUUUAAUGUAUUUUUAGAAAUCUUAAAAUUGCCUUUGCACUGAAAUAUUUUUCAAUACUAUAGCUAUUUAUAUAUCUGUUUUAUGCAUACAUUUGUUAACACACCAUUUCUAUUUUUUUUAAAGUGUAUGUUUUAGACUUUUUUUUAUACUUAUGAGUUUUGGAUCUCCAGAAUUUAUCUUAUAGUGGACUUGUGACUGAAUGUUGAAAUUCACAUGAAUGUUAAAAUUAGAACUAGGUUUGUUCUUUCUGAAUAAUCCACAGCUAAUGAUUUUAAUUUUAUUUGCUUUCACUUCUAAAGACUGGCUUUUAAUGUUGCAACAAAUACUUCUUACAACAAGCUUCUGCUACUACUGUUCUUAUAUUUUUGUUCCAUAAAGCUUUGUACCAGUUGCUUGUUUUUGUGUUUCUCAUUUCCAUCUCUUAGCCUUAAAUAAGAAGAUUCUUGCUUGAUGGUUUGAAAAUGCUGCAUUCCUGUUUUGUUGACCAACAAAGGAGGUUUACUGUAACCUUCUUGCAUCUCCGCUGAUCCCUAAACUGAAUGAUAUUUUACAGGCAGAAACAUAUAACUGUAGCUAAGCGAUUUGGGUUUUUUAAACUUCUUUGAUUGCAUUCAGACUAAGACAUAUGUAGAACAAACACACUGAUUUCAUUGGCUCCCCACUGUCUAUAUAGACCCAAACCAUUAAUGGUAAACAAAUUAUAGUUUGUUCACUUCUGGCUAUGGCUGAACUCAUUCCCUAAAAAACGAUAAUUUGUUAGUCAGCUGCAAAUCACAGUUAGAAGCCUUGGUUUGUUAUAGGCCUCCAAAUUCUGAUGUGUUGAAAUCAUAGCUUGUCAUUGUGUUGAAACUCAGAACCAUGGCUUUUCCCAUGGUUACAUUUUCAGCUGCUCACUCUGGAAUAUGAGCUCGGAAAAUGAUUGGGAUUAAAAAAAAAAAACAGGUCAGCAAAUAGGACAAGCAAGCUGUGGUUUAUUUUAUUGUCUAUGGAACAAUUCAUGGCCCAAGCAACAAAUCAAGUAUAACAUAAACCAUGGCUUAGCUUGACAUGCAAAUACAUUCUAGAAGAAAAAUAGUUUUGAAUUUAAAGGGGUCAUUCGGUUUCCACGAAAUAACUGCUUAUUUAAAAAAAAUACCUCAUGUGUUAAAGGAAAAGCUAAUAUAUGUUUAGGUCAUCAAUUAUCUUAAUUUGAACAUCAAUCUUUCUUGCACUCUCCAUUUUAAUAUGGAAAUGUAGCGAAGUAGCACAGCAGAGAAAACCUUGGGCCAGUAGUGAGUACUCACCUAACCCAAGAAGUCCUCACCCAACCCUAACCCACACUGGGGAUACCCAAUGUGUAUCCAUUUGGAAUACACGUUGCACUCACCCUCCAAAUUGGGAACACGAAAAGGGAGGUGAAUUCCCAUCCCAUAUUCCUAUCUCCCACAUGGGCUAGUGAUAUACUGGGUAAUCCUUUGUCAGAGAUAACGGCAGGAAGCUUUGCUACAUUCCCCCUAAUGGAAGAAAGCAUGGAGAUGAGAUUCUCCUAUCAAAGGAACACUCCUGCAGCCAGUCCCAGAGUCUUGGAGGUCAUUUCAAACCAUAAGGUUGAGAGUUAAAUACGAGCCAGGGGCUCAAGCUCGACUCAGGUUUACAUCCUUCCGAGGUGGCUAAAAUAAAUACCCAGAUUGGUAGGGGCAAUUAGCUUACAUUUUGUGAACUGCUUAGGGAGAGCUUAAGUGCACUGAUAAGUGGUAUAGAAAUGUACUUGCUAUUGCUAUCCUCUUCUGGAAAAAAAUAAAAAACCAUCAGUGGGCCCAAACUGAAAACCGAGAUCAGCCGUUUAGUAAUGUGCCUAUAGUUCAGCUUGAUGACGGGUGUAGAGUAUUUGUUUUUCUACUCCCACAUUGGGGGAUUGCAUGAGAGAAUUCAAGAAUAGAGAUCCAUGGGCAUAAGCUAAAUUUCCAUACAGCUUUCUGGGUGGUGGAAUUUAAUCCGAAAAUGCAUACAUAGCUGUAAUAUUUAAUAGCAACAUUCUGUGUAAUUCAAAUGGCUUUGUCUGACUUGUUGAACCCUUUAACAAAAAAUGUUUCAAAUGCUUUAAUAAUGUGCUGGAACUUGUGGGCAGCAACCAAAUUUUCAUGAAGGCUAAACAUGUAUUUUCACUGAGGCUCACCCACUUGGGAAUUCUCCUAAAGUUCUUACCUGUUAUUUUGUUCAGUUACAUGUAUUUCUCUCAGUUCCAUCAACCUAUUUAUCCCACUUAUAAUGCAGAUAUCAAAGGAAGAAAACUGCACUAGUUUGUGACAUCUGUGGGAUCUUGUUGAAAAGCUUUAAUGGGAUUUUGUCAUAGUGUUAUGAAAGAAAUAUGUACAUGAUUGUAUGUUGCACAAUUGCACACAUCAGUUCAUACAGCUUUACCUUUGUCAAAAUUAUACAGAAUUUUAAAUGUGCAUUGUCUGAAAAAUUCUGUCAUGUGUGCGCUGUCAUUCUCAAUACUCUUUCAAUACUCUUUCUGUAAUGUAAAGUAGAAUUGGCAAAAAUGCUCUGGGGGACAUUGGGAAAUAGUAAUCAGUGCAUUAACCAUUAAAAAUAUCUGUAGUCAUCAGCAAUAAAUGCUGACAUGUAUUUUUAAAUGGUACAAUGAUAGGUGCACUUAUCUGACAAUAAUUCAGCCUUCAAAACUGCUAUUUAGACUAUUCUAUAACACUUUAUUAACUGGAUCAAUGCAGUCUCAAAUACUAGGGGCAUAUUAUAUAUAUGUAUGUAUAUGUGUGUGUAUAUAUAUAUAUAUACAUAUACAUACAUGUGCAUUAAUGUAAAGUUUAUUUUCAGUGUUGUUUUUAAACUUUCAUUUCUGUAGAUACAUGAAUUCUUUAUAUUCGUAUUUUGGAACAUUCUGCAGAUUGUACAAAGCGGUAGAUAUUUAAAUCUGCUUGCAAUAAAAUAAAAUUUACAUA